AGAAAUAAGGACUAAGAAGGAAUUGUUAUGUUGUGAAUGUGGCAACGUUGUUUGUGUUGUGGGAGAGAUGAGCAGGAGUGCGGCCGCUCGUCUCUCACUCUCACUCACUCAACAUGGCCAAGAACAACCUCAGAGACAAGCUCGACGGCAACGAGCUCGACCUCAGCAUGAUGAGCCUCGCUGAGGUCCCCGUCAAGGAGAUAGCUUUGCUGCCAAGAGCCACAAAGAUAGACUUGUCCAACAACCAACUUACGUCUUUGCCGUCCAACUUUGCCCAGUUGUUGGGCAACAUCACCCAGUUGGAGUUGGGAUCCAAUAAACUAAAGGAAAUACCCGCAAAUUUCUACAAGUUGCAUAACUUGAAACACCUUGAUCUCUACAACAACCAGCUGACAGAUUUGCCUUUAUCAUUCUGCCAACUGCGGAGCCUCAAGUGGCUGGACUUGAAGGGAAACCCUCUAAAUCCUUCCCUGAGAAAGGUAGCCGGAGACUGUCUCAACCAGAAGGAGUGUGAAGCAGCCGCACGCAACGUUAUUGCACACUUAAAGAAACUCCAACUUCAAAUGGAGGCAGAAAAGCAGGAACAGUUAAAAAAAGAAAAAGAAAAGGAAGAAGCUCGAGCUCGAGUUGAAGAGGAAAAGCAAGCCAAAAAGAGAGCAGAAAAAAAAGCUGCCAAAGAAAAAAGGAAAGCAGAGCAGCGGGCUUUGCAAGAAUCUCAGAAGACGGCAGCAAAUGGAACAGCCGGCAUGGAUAAACAGUACAGUGCUAUGCCGAAGCCUUCUCCGCUUGCACUCAAACAUAAGAAAACUAAAUCAGGUGGCUGGUCAUUGCUGUCAUGGGUGAACAUGCUACUGUUGCUGACUUUACUGGGUCUGUCUGGAGCUGGACUCUAUAUUUACACCGACGGUGAUCUCACUCCUGAUGGCAUCACUGCUGCCUUACCGCACAUUAUUGAAAAUGCCAACAUUCUCGCAAAUCUCACCAUUGAAGCUUUCCAACCAGAAAACUUAUCACGAACUGGACAAGCAGUGGUAGAAGCUGUAUCUGAUUCAUGGGCUACACUUCAGGAAGUCACUGGAGACCUGAGUAUUUACACAAAGCCUGUUAUUGAGAAUGUAAAACAGGGAUGGGUGUGGUUGAUAGAAGUCACCUUGUUGAUUUACAACUGGAUCAUCAAUAACAUAGACUGGGAGUCUGUAUUUGCAGCAAUUACAUCUGCUGGGACUUUCAUGUAUGAGCAGUGGUUGGUGGUAUAUGAAGAAUUGAGGAAAAAUGAGGCGCUAAUGUCGGUUAUAGCAACAAUUCGGACUUACACUGCAGGUGUGGAGGAGUUCCUAGGUGUUAUGUGGGGUCUCCUGUGGGAGAGAAUGUGCUUUAUUGUUGACUAUGUACAGGAGGAAGGUCCUGGUGUAGUGGCAACGGUGAAGGAACAAGCUGCUGCGGCACUACACUCUGCUAAGCAGUCUAUUGAAGGACUUGUCAUGUAAGUCACACUCUCACCUCCCUAUUGAAAACAUUGCCAUUUUGUUUAUUAACAUCUAUCAAUGUUGAAUAUAAUAUGGGCAAAAAUUACCAUCAAAUUAUUUAUACCAACUGUGCAAGAUUUAUUUUCUGGCUUAUACCAGAGUGGUUAAUGCCCUUUUAUGUACAGUAUUGUUCACAAUUAGAACAGCUUUAAUAUUUUGGUGUGCGGCUGAUCUAAUCACAUUUAUCUUUACCAUGUUAAACUUUUUCCAUUUUGGAUAACAUGCAUAUUAAGACUUUAGUGCCUCCCAAAACUCUCGAUGAGAGCAGACUCCCGACAAUUCGGAGAUUGUUACCGUCUGAUUAAUGAAAGUAUUGAAGCAUUGGUUUUCUCUUUACAUCGUAAUUUUACAAAGUUAUUCAAUAUUUCAUUUGUACAUUUCUAAGCUCAUUUGAAAGCAGCCUGUGAUUAAGGUGCUCAGUAAAGAGUAAGAUUUGAUUUUGUACUGCGGCCUUGACAUCUUCUUUGACUUCUCGACUUGUGCUCGAGAUCUUGUUUACAAAGAAGAAGGUUUUAUCUUAUUUUUGUUUAUUUUGUCUUUGUAUCUGUAUAUUAAGCAGGGAUUAAGUAUUGUAAUUUUGUUAAUGCCAUGAACCUGCUGCCCAUGAUUUAAAAAGAUGAAGUUGGUUGUAUCUUAGAAAGUUGUAAACAGUGAAUCUUGUAUACAAGAAAUUAUUUGAUAUUUACCUUUUGCAUACACAUUUUGCAGAUGCUCUAAAUUUUGUAAUUCUUGGUAAAUGUUGAGAAUUCUUUAGUUUUGAAAAUUGCAGAGCUCCAUUAAAUAUUUAAUGUAGGAAGGGUAAAUAUUGUGUAAGGAUACUGAUGCCUGCGAUCUUGACACUGGCAGAUUGAGGGCGUCAGCUUGUGUAGUAUGUUACUUGUUUCACAUUUAAUAAAUUACAUUUCUGUA